CGUCACAGCAUCGUACGAUUUGUAUUUUUUCAAUUUUCGGUUUGAAACAUCUUGAAUAUAAUAUUAUUGUGAUUCUAAAUAGUGCAAAAUGUUUUAAAACAAAGGCGAAUGUAUUAUAUGCAGGUCAUUAACAUGUUUUUAUGACAUCUUUUAAAUUAAAGCUACGAGACGAAAUGUCGAAGGCCGUGGUAAUACCAGAGCGCAACACAGACAUUGGGGGCAUUAGGGAAGAGAUCAGUAUUUCUCCAAGCGACAAGAAAGAUGGCGCGAUUGGUUUGCUGAGUAGAUUUUUGGGCUUUGAUCCACUUGGGAGGAAACAAAGUUCGCAGCGUAGUCCCACUUCUACAGAGCCGCCGGCGACUUACUAUGGAGUUUAUAUACCUUGCGAGUUUAAGAAAGGACCAGAUGAAGAAGCCCUGCACGUUUACGAAAAAAAAGAACAGGCAUUGGAGUUGGUACGCAGAAACAAGGCAGCAAGGUUUAAAGCUUUCCGGAAACAUCAAGAUGCUGUGUCAUUUGCUCUCAGAGGGGCUGAACCUGUUGAAUCUCAUGAAGGAAAUGGAAACUCCUUAAUGAGUGAAAAGCCCUACCCCUUCAAAGGGCCAUCGCCGCAGGAUAUGGUGGCGCUCCGCAAGGCUAUUGAAGCAGGUCUAGUGAGCACGGUACGGGAUCGGAUAUGGGACAAUCCGCGAUAUCUUGUUAGCAGUGGAAACACGCCGGCUAUUGUACAGGAGGGUUCCCGCUACAACGCCCUGCACGUGGCGGCGAAGGCGAUGAACGCCGAGGUGUGCAACUUGCUUCUCACCACGGUGGGCAACCCAGCCUUUGUGCAAACGCUGAGUGGAUCCGACGCGGAUCCCGAGUUCUGUAAGGAGUUCUCCGGUAUCCUGGUGGACAGAUACCUCAACACUCCGGACAAGGCGAUGAACGAGACCCCAUUACACUUCGCGGCGAAAUACGGCGCCGAGCAGGUGGUCGACGUGCUGACCUCGUUCCCGCAGUGCAACAAACACGCGAGGAACAAGUACGGGGAAAUGGCAAAAGAUAUAAUCUGUAGCCGAUCAUCAGCCUCGUCCCCGGAUACAAUCCGGCGUAUAGCAGCGAUGCUGCAGGAACGCUUCUACGUGCCGGUGCUUCAUAUCGAAGAUGACAGCGAGGCGCCCACUAUAGGCUGGCCCUUCACACCCACUAAGCCGCCUGAACUAAACCAAGACCCCCUAUCGCCGCGGUGCGAAAUACGCGCUUUCGCCGGGCCAAUGGAAGCCAACGACGCGGAAUCCUUCCGAAGACGAUGGAAAACUCCCCCCAGAUCCGCCAGGAACACGUUUAGAUUGAAGGAAAUGACGAAAGGAUUGGAGUCCGUUGGCAGGAACUUAGCUGAACAAAUGAGUGUCGGUUGGAAAGAGUAUUGGCCAUUUUUAGACACGUUCACGGACCUCCGAUCGCCAGAGGGCCUCAAACUUCUAGAGGACUAUCUCAAGGCUAAAUACGAAACCGCAUGCUCCUUCGUAUACAGCGAUAGCGUGAACAGCACACUGCCCACGCCCGAUGACUUGUCCAUCUCAAGAAUUAGCUUAGGAAACAUAUCUCAUAACAGUCCAACCGCAGAGCAGAUUUUGAGUCCAAUUUCAGAACUGUGCGUCGCAAUGAAGACUUGUAAAAUAACUGACAGACCCCCGCAUUGGGGGAAAACCGACCCGAUCAGACAACGUCUGUGCAGACAGCCCAACCCAAAACCAAUAGUGACCAAUGGAGAGUCAACGCCGACGUCCAACCACACAGUUAGCCAAUUGCUAUGCAUAGAACGGACGUGUCAAGUGUUCGCUAAAAGAAUUGCGGACGCACUAACGUUUUCUCUAACAUCGGAGCCGGAAGUAGCUGGGGAAUCCUUGAAAUCUGAAGCGAAACACUUGCAACAUACAAUCUAUACGUACAUGGACGACGAGAGGUUCCAGGAAAUAGACUUCGCGUUAAUACAUUCGCGAUUAGCACAACUAGUUGUGUACAAGCUGAAAGACCAAACUAAAGACUUGGACGAUAUAAAUAAUCUCGUAGAAUUUCUUGUCAAACUCCGCUGUCCGAACGACGAUAUAUUCAGUUCCGACGAGGAGAGGAAGCCAUUUUCAUAUAGGACGAAUAGGGUUAAGAUAAACAACGUUAUAGAUAGCCAUGUUAGAUGUUUAGCUAGUUUCCUCUGCGAGGAGUUGACGGAAUGUGACGAGACGAAGGGACCAGCGGUUUCCGAGUUUAAUUGCGGGGAGAUUUGGGAGAAGGCCGCGAAGUGCAGGUGCGACUGGAAGAUAGAGUUUUACGAGAGGAACAGUAAAAAGAACGCGUCUUUCAGGAAGAACAGAUCGAUAUUGUCCACGAGCCCGAAAAGUGACAGUUUUAUUAAAAGGCUUACGUUUGAUCAUGAUAUUGGUGACGGCAAAUUGCAGCACAACGAUACAGAAAAGCCUGCGAGUGUCAACUCCCCCGCGGGGGACAGCGCUCCGACAGUAUUCAGUGUCGACGUCGCCAAGUGUCAAGUUAUGGAGGCGGAGAUAUCUGAUGACGAGUCGGUGGCGUCCUGCCAGUCGGAAGGCGAAGAAUCGUACCAGACUGCAUCAGAAGAUCCUUCGAGAGAUUCCGAUGCGGAAAUGAUGCAGGAUGCCAGUGAUCGUGCACUGACUGAACCUUUUAUAUACGGUGAGGAACCCACUAAAAUGGAUCGCUUGGUUUUCGACGCGAUAUCGGAAUGUCGGAUCACGCCUGACGUCUUCCCGAACAUAUUCCGCUGGCGACACACCGUUUCACUUUAUCCGCCUUCCGAAAGAGACCGGUGGCGAAUACCAGCUAGUCUAGACGAAAGCACAACCUCCUGUGUAUCAUGGUCCGUGGGGGAAAGUCCCCGCGUGUGCAGAAUCAGAAGUCGAUGCAGCACGCCGCAAAAAGACUUACGAGACGUGCGAGACUCGCGGACUGACAGAACUCUACCCCUGCAGGUGUCAAAUUGGCUCCGAGUGACGGGUCCAAAUUCGCCGCGCUCCGCGUUAGCAGCUAAAAAUGUUAAACACAACGUUAGUUUCGGUUUUUAAAUUUGGUUUUUAAUGUGACAUUUAUGAAAAAUAAUUAUAACUAUCGUAUGUUAGAACAGCCUUUUCACAUUAUAGGUUCCUUUUAAAUUGUCUGUGACGAUAUGGAAUUAAGACUUCAAAGAUAUUCUACUAAUGCAUUGUAUUAAGUUUGAGACAAAAUGUCAACUGGCAUAGACUUUCAAAACGCAUUUUGAAAUUAUAAUUUGAUUAAAAAAUACAAUUAAUCACCAAUUGACAACAGCUGCAAGGAAAGUUACUGACUAGAGUGACAGUGCAUUCUGUAAGUUUUUAUAAAACGUAAUGAAAAAAAAAUCCUCUUAAAAUUCUGCUCAACAAUUAAAAAAAAAAUCAACAAAAACACUAUCCGGUGAUACUUUCAUUUAGAAAUGUGAAUACUUUAAUGUCAAAUGGGCACGCUCAAGCGAUAUGACUAGAUAAGACUAUAGUAUCUUAAAGGUGUUCCUAUUCCAUAGCCAUUCACAAGGUUUCAUGGAAACAAAUGUCACAUUCUGUAAUUUUGUAUUGACAAAGUAAUGUCAUAACUUGACAUUUAAUUACAAAUAUCGCAGAUUAACGUUUCGUUUUACGCUUGGUUUCUAUGACAUGGUAGUUGGCACACAAAAAGAAGAAAUAUGAAUAAAAAUAUUAAUAUAUGUAUAUAUAUACAUAUAAUAUUCAUUUUAUGUAUAUAUAUGUAUAUAUCUUAAUAUUUUUAUUCAUAAUGAUAAUGUGAAAAGGUUGUUAGGAAUCACAAAAUUGAAUUAAAUGUGAAUCAGGUAUUUUAAGUUUUUCGUAUAUAUAGUUAAAAUUGCAAGGACUUCCCCCUAGUCUUAUGUUUAGUUUUUUGUUUUCUUAAACACAAAAGGGCAUUGAUUUCUUAACGUUAACUUGGACAUCUUUUUUUUACGUACUGUCAAUGUGAACGUUACUAAUUGUUACCAAGUGAAGUGACUAUUGGAAUUUAAUAAGGAAAAAGUUCACAUAAUACAACAUUUGUAGAGUCUAUUGGAACAGAGUAAAAUUGAACUUGUCAAACUUGAUUAUUUAUAUUUAGUUAGCGCACAAAAAACAACAGUAGUAUUUACGACUAUAAAACCAGUCGUAUUAAGUCUAUUUUACUCUAACGUCAUAGUGAGCUUACAAACCUUAAAGUAAGGCCUUACUUUAACGAGCCAAGAUAGUGCUGCGGUCAAAGUCAUCAAAUUUAAUUUUAAUUAAUAACGAGUGCAGUGAUGGGUAGGAUUCGAACGGGUGCCGAGUUCAAAUCCCAAAAAAAAUCGUAGUUUCCGUUAUCUAUCAUCGUAAAGGACCAUUACUUUAGGGCUAAACUCUUAUAGAAAAUUUAUAUUAUUUGUAUGAUGUGCCUUUAUGACAAAGCUUUAGGGGUAUUGAUUUUGAUGACAUAAUAUAUAUGAUACUUACAUUAUUCUUGUCAAAUUGAAAAUUGUCUAAAAUAUCUUAAGGCCAUUCGUAAUUUUACUAUUAAUUGGAUCCUAUGAAUUAUCUAAUAUGAUUGGGUGCUAUUGUAUAACCGUAUUAAUUAUUAGAUGUGAAAUAGAAUUGAAUCCAUCAACAAGAAAUGUGUACGAAGCCUAAAAUAUAAACAGGCAAUAGAUGGUGAUUUUUUUAGUAUCAUGUAGAUUUCAAAUUAUUUAACUAAACUUAUUUGGGAAGACUAUAAAUUUACCAUCUUUUGAUCUAUUAAUUGUGAAAAUUUAUAACUUAAUUUAGCGCCGAAAUUUGAUUUAGAUUAACUUCAAUCGUCAAACGACGCCAAUGUCUAUUACAAUGUAUGUGGCGUAUGUUUUUCAUUAACAAGAAAAUUGGUACACCUUUAAGACCCCCCAAAUUAUAAAGAGACCUUUUAGUUUAUACUUUGUUAACAGUAAAAUGGUAUAGGGGCUCAGUUUCGAAACGCAUUUGCAAUCACAAUCACCUUGCAUAAUUUUUGUAAACGAUGAUUGCGACUGAUCUAAAUUAUUUUCAUUGAAUGUUUGAAUUGUUACUUUCUUAAGUUGACCAAAGCUUUGCUGUUUGCAAUAGCGUAGCUUUUUUUUAAUUACAUUUAAAGAAUAAUAAAUAAUUGUUUUAAUGUAUAUUGACAUUAUAUUUUGUGUUUUUGGUAAAUUUUAUAAUAUCGUAAUAUUUUGUUUGUAAAUCUAGGUCCUCAUUCUUUGUGACAUUGGAAUUUUAAUUACGUGCGAAAAUUAUUUUGCGACGUCAAUUUGGAAAGCUUAUACAAGUUUGUUAUUUUUAUUGAACCUUUGGAAGUAGAUCGAAACCGCAAUGUUUCCUACAAGAUGGCGCUAAAAGUAGCAUUGACUGAGAAAAAUACAAUAUCUUAGUUUGAGCAUUUAAGCACAAAGCACUCAGGCGAGGAUAGCCAAUAAACAAGGGGUCAAAUCUCGUCGAAUGUAAGAAAAUAUUUGUUGUGUUAUAAAAAUAAUGUAUGUAAGUUUGGCCUCGCAUAUUGUAGUUACUAUUUGAAUGUCGUAACGGAUGAGGGCUGGUGAUAAAAUAUGACAGUGCAUUGUUAGAUAUUAAUAAAACGCGUUAAACGUG